AGGAAACACUGAAUCAGAACCCAUGAGGAGGAGUCGCGCGCUUUACCACCCAUCUCAAACCAACCAGCGCAUGGCUUAAUAUUUGAGUCAGUCAUCAAGAGCAGUUUAAUUUUCUCUCACUCUGUCUCUCUUUAAUUAGUUUUUACUGGAACUCGUUCCUCAGAUCAAGUUAUUUUUUCAUCAGUUAGUAGAGCAAAACUUUUUUAUUGAAGGAGCGCGAGAAGCGUAAGUAUAUUUUUUUGAGAGAGCGCGCUCAGAUGGCUGCCCUGAUCAGCGCGUACUCGUCGUGGCCAGAGAGCUUCGAGUGUUCCGCGGGAGAUGGGGACUUGCCCGACGGACACAGCUCGCACAGGACUCCCGCAGACAAAGUGUCGGAGCCGCGCAUCAGAAGACCUAUGAACGCGUUUAUGGUCUGGGCUAAAGAUGAGAGGAAGCGUCUGGCCGUUCAAAAUCCCGACUUGCACAAUGCGGAGCUCAGCAAAAUGUUGGGCAAGUCAUGGAAGGCCCUGACACCCCCACAGAAACGUCCAUACGUGGAGGAAGCAGAGAGGCUGCGUGUGCAGCACAUGCAGGACUACCCCAACUACAAGUACCGGCCUCGCAGGAAGAAGCAGCUGAAGCGCAUCUGCAAACGCGUAGACCCAGGCUUCCUCCUCGGUGGCCUACCAGGCCCUGACCAGAAUGACCCGCGAGGGCUUUGCCACCCUCUUGACAAAGACGACGACGCGUCUCCCGGGGUUGGCGGGGGCUUCUCGACCCACAGCCCCAUGCUCCCUAGCGUCAGGUCCUUCAGGGAGCCCUCCAACUCCAACAGCAGCUUCGACACUUACCCCUACGGCCUGCCCACCCCACCGGAGAUGUCCCCGCUGGAUGUCAUGGACCACGAACACUCUUCCUAUUACUCCUCCUCCAUCACUAGUGGUGGCAUCUCCUCCUGCUCACCCUCCUCCAGCUCCUCCUGUCCUGAAGAGAGACGCCAGGUGUCGGCUCACAUGGGCAGCCCCCCACCCUAUCACACCGAAUAUGCUCAAACCCAGCUCCACUGUGGGCCCACGCACCUGGGCCACAUGUCCAUGUCCCAGGCUGGGAGUGGGGCUCUGAUUCAUGGGCCUCCACUGUCUUACUACAGCCCGUCCUUUUCCCAGGUCCACCCUGGGCUCCAGGGCCACCUAGGCCAGCUGUCCCCCCCCCCAGAGCAGGGUCACAUGGAGACCCUGGAUCAGCUGAGCCAAGCAGAGCUACUGGGGGAAGUGGACCGCAAUGAGUUCGACCAGUACCUGAACUCCACAGGGUUCCACUCCAUCGAACAAGUAGGCAUGACCGUCACGGGACACAUCCAGGUGGCGCCAGCCUCUGCAUGCCCCAGCAAUCCAACGGAAACCAGCCUCAUCUCCGUGCUGGCGGAUGCCACAGCGGCCUAUUACAACAACUAUGGCAUUUCUUAAGCUGUUGCCUGGCAACUGCGCCCAUCCCACCUGUAACUAAGUUGAGACAAUAGGUUUGGAGAGAUGGGGGGGCACUGGGGGAGAGGAUACUGGGCAGGGGGCAGGACCAAUCACAGAGCAAUAUGAUUGUCUGGGGCCGACAGAAGAACAAAGAGGUUUGUAGAAGGCGAAAAAGAUAAAUCUACGCAGAGUGAGAAGGAACUUUAAUGGAAACCUCAGGGACGUACAUAAAACAGAACUAACCCUAACCUCUGGUCCAUUGGAUUCAUAUCUGAUCCCAGAAUUUUUAUUGGACUUGCAGUCCAGUUGUAAAUGUCUUGUUGCCAUGCAGGUGUGUACAAAUGCUCUUAAGCUAAUUUAAGUAAUUUGAUGUUUCGCAUUAAUGCUAAUUGUAAUGCUAUUAUUAACUCUUUUCUUGUGAAUGUUUGUAAAAUUUGUUCUCUCUACAUUAGUUGGGAGUUUUACCUCAGUAGUUUGUAUUUAAAUGAGGAUUAGAUUACAUUGACAUUUCUUAUGCAAUUCUUCCAGACAAAGUAGUAUAUCAAAAAGAAAAUAAAUUUAUAUACUUAUCAUUCUUUCAAGUACUUAAUAUAUAAUCAUAAUCUUUACAAUGGAAAUAAUAAGGAUAACUAUUACUGUAUGCUGAUUUAGGUUUGUGAAAAUUUAUUUAAAUUAAAGUUCCUCUUUUACAUUGAUUUCUUUAAAUCUGUUUAAUUGCCAUAUAAAUAUGCUUACAUAGACAUGGAUUGUGUGAUAUCCUCUGCAAUUUGCAUGCUGUGAAACAACGUCCCUAUGUCUUUAAUGUAAUUGACAAUAUAGUUUGUUGGGCUUUGGGUUUCCAUAUUAAACCAGCGGUUGCAUUGGAAUUAAUUUGCAAUCUUAUAAUAAUGAAGUUCUUCAUCGAAGGCUCAACUAUUCUCAUUGAAAUUAGUUUUGAUUUGUUACGUUCAGAAAGUGAGCCUUGACUAGUUAAUGUCAAAUACUUUUCCUUACAAAACAUGAUAUUUUUUGUUGAUGAGAAGAACACUAGCUUUGGUUCUAGCUGACAGCCUGCUGUCCCACUCUCUGCUUCCUCUCUUCCACCCUUCUUCCAUCCUCCUCCUUCCUCCCCAGUCCCCACUCGCUUUCAUUCCACCC